GCCACGCCCAGCCGACGAAAAGAAUCUUAACACUGAUGUGUUAAGAUCAUGUGUCUCAUGGGGAUAGGGUUGGGGUGGAGGUGGAAGAGGGCAUAGAAGGGAAAAAUGGUGAUGGAAAAAAUAAAAUAAUAUUUUUAAAAAGAUAAUGUGUCUCUAAAUUGUGCUCUCCAACCUCAGUUGGGUCCUCAGUGCUGCCCAGUAAUCCUGCUCAUUUUCCAAAUCAGCUGUCUUCCAUUCUCUACAACCCAUUUUCAACCCUUGACUUCAUUGCCUCAUCAGUUGACCUCCCUGAUAGCCUAAUGGGAGAUGUAACCAAGAAAAGCAAUUACAGACACUACAGCAGGUGCUGUGACAGAAAGUAUUGGGAGCAUCCAGGAGGCAGGAACAUCUAAUUUGGGCUUGAGCAGUUAGUAAAGGCUUCCUUAAAAUAGCUCAUCAGUUAAGCCUUGAAGGGAGAGCAUGAGCUUGCCAAAACUAGGAACACUGAAGGAAAAGCAAUUGUUUGGCUGCAGCAUUGAGUGUAUGUUCGAAGGUAAAAUUGGAGAAGUAGGCAGGAUCAGAUCUUGAAGUUACACAAAAGAAUUUGUACUUGAUCCUGAGGAGAAUGAUGACACAUUAAAUUGUUUUAAAUGGAAAUAAAAUUAAAUUUAUGCCUUGGACUUAAGGAUGAAGUAGUUUAGGGUCAUGGAAGGGAAGAUAAGAAUGCAUUUCAAGGUUAAGAGGUGGAGUCUACCUCUACACACCUUCGAUCUGAGUGAUCCUUAUAACCUUGUAAUUGUCUUUACUCAUAUGAAAGUAUGGAAAUGAUGCUUUGUGGCUUUAGAGCCUAGCCUCAAUUGCUCAUGCAACUCGUGAUUUUUUUCUCUCUUGAAAUUCAGUGCCACUAUGUGAGUGAACUCAGGCUAGUCUGCUGGAUAAAGAAUAUGGAGCAGAAACAGACCAUCCCAGCUGAGAUGAGACCACCAGAUGAAACACCCAACUAAGCCUAGACCAAUUUGAAGAAAAAAAAAAGUUGUUUUAAGCCAAAAAAGAAAAAGUACGAAUUUUAAAGUUAGAUUCCUUAGAACAUGAUUCUACAAUACCUUGCAAUUCUCUUUAAUAUUCUCACACUCUUGUGUUUCUCACGUUGGACUAUAAAAUCUGGGAGCACAGGAUCUACUGGCCUUUCUUAUUUUAUCCCAGUACUCAGCAUGCUACCUGGCACAUAGUAGGUGCUCAAAACACAUGAGUGGUUGGAGGGACCAGAUCUCUGGAGUCUCACCAGAUUGUGAAUGCGCCUCCAGGAAUGAAUAUGUUCCAAACUGUACUUUAUUCUCAAGUCUUGUGGCCAACGGUGAAUAGAAGGUGAAUUGUGAUGUGUGUGGAACAUGGGACCUUGGGGAAUUCCAUAACCGAGAGGAGAAUGAUGUAACAACAGCUAGUGGAGACAAAGAAUUGCUUCUCCCUUUUUCCCCCUCCAAGUUUCCAGUGGAGAGCUGAACUCAGCAUCCCAGACUUGUGUGACUACACAGGCAAGCAUUUGGAGACUAACUUCAUUUUGGUACCGUAGCCCUCAGUGGCUCAGGUGUUGGCUUUCAGAGCAGACAGGAGGUUUUUAAGAAGCAAAACUCCCUGGCUCUCAGCAAGCCCAGCGCCAUGGGGAAGGGAGACACCCAGGAGGCAGCACCACCCACCUCAACCUACCGCUCUGUCAUGGAGGAGUAUGGUUAUGAAGUGGGCAAGGCCAUUGGUAAUGGCUCCUAUGGGACAGUGUAUGAGGCUUACUACACAAAGCAGAAGGUCAUGGUGGCUGUUAAGAUCAUCUCAAAGAAGAAAGCCUCUGAGGACUAUCUUAACAAGUUCCUGCCCCGUGAGAUACAGGUAAUGAAGGUCCUGCGGCACAAGUAUCUCAUCAACUUCUAUCAGGCCAUCGAGACCACAUCCCGAGUGUACAUAAUUCUGGAGCUGGCUCAGGGUGGUGACGUCCUUGAAUGGGUCCAGCGCUAUGGGGCCUGCUCUGAGGCCCUUGCUGGCAAGUGGUUCUCCCAGAUGACCCUGGGCAUCGCCUAUCUGCACAGCAAGGGCAUCGUGCACCGCCUGACCCCCAGCCUUUCUGCUGCUUGUAGGGACUUAAAGUUGGAGAAUCUAUUGCUGGAUAAGCGGGAGAACGUGAAGAUAUCGGACUUUGGUUUUGCCAAAAUGGUGACUUCUAACCACACUGUGCGUAGUAGUCCUUCUUACCGCCAAACGAACUGCUUUACCCACCUCAGCCAGACCUACUGUGGCAGCUUUGCUUAUGCCUGCCCAGAGAUCUUGUUAGGCUUGCCCUACAACCCUUUCCUGUCCGACACCUGGAGCAUGGGCGUCAUCCUCUACACUCUAGUGGUCGCCCGUCUGCCCUUUGAUGACACCAAUCUCAAGAAACUGCUGAAGGAGACUCAGAAGGAGGUCACUUUUCCACCUAAUUUGUCCAUCUCCCAGGAGUGCAAGAACAUGAUCUUCCAGACGCUACGCCAAGCCACCAAGCGUGCCACAAUCCUGGACAUCAUCAAGGACCCCUGGGUGCUCAAGUUCCAGCCUGAGCAACCCACCCAUGAGAUCAGGCUGCUUGAGGCCAUGUGCCCGCCACCCAGCACGGCAAAUCGUCACCAAUCCUUGGAAAUCAGUAUCUGAAAGUGGCUGAGGCAGGGGGUUGAGAAAGGAGCAAAGCAGGAGAGAUCUGCGGCUAAAAAGCUUUUAUACCAAAAAUAAAUCUAAUUCUGAUUUAGUUUCAUCA